AUGAGUUCCGAUGAUGGCGAUAAAAUACCAGAGCUUGAAAAUAAUAUCAAAAUACUUAAAACUACAUUAAACGCAAUUUUUGGACGUACUAAUGACUUACUUAGAAGUCCUCGCAAUCGUCAAAUGUAA